AUGUUUACCAUCACUAUCAUCAUGCACGCGGCCUUCAACAACGUCUUCGAUAUCGAUGGCGCCACCGUGGUAAAUAACGGUGCUCGGAUCGACUAUACGCCCAGUUCCAGCGAAUCUGUUGAGCCCAAGAGCGCUAUCAACAACGGCGAUUUGAACUUUGCCAACAGCGCCCCCACGUUCGACAACGGAUCCAGGUCCAAGUGCGCUGUCAGAGGUGCCAGCAUCACCAAGCUCGACAAUGUUGCCAUAGCUAAAUACACAACCAAGCUCAAUAAAUCUUCGACUGGAACCACCACUAAGCAGGGCAACACGACCGAUGUGGCUGUGCCUUCUGCUGCCGAUUCUUGCAAGCACUGGUCCAAGUCGCGCACCAACUUCCGAACCUCAACCAACCGCUGUCCCACGAAGACUGCCAAGUCGACUGGCCACUGCCAAAAUUGGCCAAGAUGGAGUGCUUAG